GAGUUUGGAACAAUCUGAAUACAUGAAAAGUAUCUGCAUAAUUUAUAUUUGUAUUCCUUAUCUGACAGCCAGAGUCACAGCUUUGCCCAGGUUCUCCGGACUGAGAUACAAAAUCAUUUUUUUAACUAUGCAGUCUGUUUUUCAGCUUAUUUAUAUUUAUUCAUCCUAUUUUAUUGUCAUUCUUGGAAUGAUACUCAACAAAUUCAUUGUGCUGAUGAAUGGCAAGACCUGGAUGAGGAAUAAAUGCCUUCCCACUGGAGAUACAAUUGUCACCAGUCUGUGUCUGUCCAGGUGGAGCUACCAAUGUCUACUUGUCGUGCAUCAGACCUUUGACUGUUAUUUUCCAGAAGUCUAUUUAGACUUCUUCUACAAUUUGUGUUCCCUGGUCCUACUACUCCUGAACUACGUCUCUAUCUGGUUGGCCAGUCUGCUCUGUGUGUAUUACUGUCUGAAGAUCACCAACUACAAGAAUGUUGUGUUCCUCUAUCUCAAGGUGAGGAUGUCAAGGUUGGUGCCGUGGGGUCUUGGACUGUGUGUGUUUUUUUCUUUUGUACCUCUGCUGCCUUUUGCUUGUAUUGCAUUCUUUCUGACUGUUCCAUCUCUUUGGAGGCACAUGAGAAACAUGAGCGGUACCGGGACAGGUUUUAGAAAUCCAGACAUGAAGACCCAUUACAACGCCAUAAAAAGCAUGACAGCUUUCUUUCUACUUCAUAUCUUGUUUAUUAUUGCUAUUAAUAUUUAUCUCUCUGGUGUACUAGAAUAUAAAAGCCCAUAUAGAUUUAUGAUGGCAGUAGUCGGUUCGCUCUAUCCAUGCCUGCAUUCUGGUGUCAUCAUCUUCUACAACAGGAAACUCCGAGAAGGGUUCUUAUUCCCAAUAACCUAUGUACUGAGCUACCUUCAGAAGAAAGCAGAUCCCUGA